AUGAAUCCAGGAGCUAGCAAAGCUAGAAAAUGUCUCUUUGGGCGUCCAGACCAUCAACAACUAGAGAGCGAUUUACAGAGAGAGUUAAAUAAGGAUGCUCGAGAGAUGAACGAAAAAUAUGACUUUGAUUUUCAGGAAGGAAAACCGUUAAAAGGAACGAAAUACGAAUGGGUUGAAGUUAAUGAGCCUCCGAAGGAGAACGAGGGGCAACCGAAAAGCAGUGGUGUCACUGAAACGGGAGACAAGGAAAUAACUAGGAAGAACCCGGUCGAAGAACAAUUACAGGAUCAUAAAACGCCAUCAAAGAAACUCCAGUGA